UCCAAAUUCCCCCUCAUCUAUCUCUCUCUCUCUCAUGAAUUAACAAAGGAUGUUGCAACUCAGAUUCUGAAAACCAAGUUGUUACUUGUUUGUUGAUUUUACAUGAACCUCAUGACACAUAUCUAUUAUAUUACUAUUAACUGCCCUUUUCUCUUACAUAUUCAUUCAAUACGUAAAGCCUUCGUCCCUCUCUUUCUCCUCUGUAUACCAGACUGCGUCAGAACUCCGUGAUUGCGAAUAUUAACGGUUUUUUUGGAGCCCCAAUGACGCAUGACUUCCGUAAUUUACCGAGGUGAAUGUACUGUGGAUGAUUAUCUGGAAACUGGUUGCCAUGGCUGCUAAUUUCAAACGAUGGGAGCGGGACCCUCUCUUUUCGGCUGCUGAAAUUGUUCAGGACUCAGCUGACAGAAUGGAGUCUAUUCUUAGAACUUUAAUGCAUGAGCAUAGUCUUCUGCAAGAUGGUCCUGCUGAAUCCAGAUUGCUCAGCUCAAUGGAGUUUCAUAGAAGAGAUUUAAUUACUGCACUUGGAACUACCAAAUGGCAGUUAGAAGACUUUGAAAGGGCAGUCAAUUUAUCGGCUUUGUCAGAUAAGGUGCAUUUGGAUGAAGAUGCAAUGUCCAGGCAUAAACAAUUUAUCAGAGCAAUUAGGGAACAGAUUGCAGUCACUGGGAAAUGCCUGGAAAGUAUACCAGUGGGUGAAGAUAGUAAAAACACACAGUGGGUUGAUUUAAAUGAGCAAGAUAGAGAGUGCUUAGCGCAAUUUAUUUCUGGGGGUGACUCAUUGAAUGAUACCAGUCAUUAUGAUAAUGAGAGAAACAUUAUGAGUAGGUAUUUGGAUGCUACUGCUACUGCAUCUGGUUUUGCUGAAAGUAGUGAUGAAAUUGUUGAGCUCAAAGUUGAAGAUGCACCUUUUAAUGGAGAAACCCAACAUUCUAAGACUCAGCAUUUGGACAAUGGGCUGAGUAAAAAACCAGGGUCUUGCCUUGAUUUGUAUGAGCAAAAUGAGAAAAUUAAAUAUGUGGAUCCGCAAAUGUUGGUUCAGUUGGACAGUAAAGGGUUAGGAGAGAUGGGUUGUGGAGCCGAAAACAUCUCUCUUAAGAACAAGUUUAGAGUAUUUGGAACCAGAAUUGGCUUAUGGGGGCUUCUCAGUAACUUGGGUAUGACACCUGCAACUGAGAGGUCUAGGAGUCUUAUGAAGCGAAGGAAAGAUGGUGAGACAAGUGGCUAUGAUUGUUUAGAUAUUGAACAAAUGGAAUCAUCUUCAAGUCUUGGCUUGCCCCCUCGGAAGCAGGGAGAUUCAACCUUGGGAUGUUGUGUUGUGCCCUUCAACCCCCUAACAACCAAGCCUAAGCUCCAUAUCCCCAGAAAUUUUACUAGCAUAUGGGAUCAAAUUUUGAGGGAGUUGCUUAUGACCUGCGGCCUUGUAGCUGGAGCACCGUGCUCCAGAGGAAAUUUCAAAGGUCUCAGCAACUUAUUCGAUAUGAUCAAUUCCCUGUGCGGGCAACAGGAAUUUUUGUCACUCUCGGAAUUCUAGGUCUUUUUGUUUUCCAAGUGGCCUAAGGAAAACUGCAAGUUCAUUGGAUUUGAAGCUUGUGCAGCCGCCCUUGCCAAAUAUUCUACUCUUAUGGCAAGAUCAGCAUAGAAGUGAAAAUUGGUAUUUUGUUUUGACAAGAAAAAAGAGAAAAAUUUGUUUGACCUUCUUUUGUUUCUUUUUCUAUUGUUGGGAGUGAAAUUUUCUCCCUCCCUGUAAUUGCUGUUCUGGUGCUGUUACAGUGGCUCUGCUGUGUUGUAUCUAUAUGUAUAUGCAGCUGAUUACGCAUAUGUGGGUUUUAGCUGCUGCUUUUUUUCUUUUUUUCUUUUUCCAUUAUGUUCAAUUUUCUAGGAUUUGUGAGCUGCUUUGUUAGACGGAAAGACACUCUUUGUAACUUCUCGAAUCAAGAUGAAGUGGGAAUGGAAAAGGAGAAUCAAAAUGUGAA